AUGGAUGGUACAUUGAGCUGGGAAGCUGCACGGCCGUUGAAGGGCGGCUUCGGUGGUAGUCAACCCGGAGGAAUCUCCCCUGAUUUGCCCGUCAUUGGUGCCGCCAAAUCACAAGGCAAGGGUUACAUGAUGGCAUUGAGCACGCUCCAGUACAAGAAUGCUGUAUAUGACUCCUCUCUUUCAUUGACCAAAGACAUUCGCCAAAUCACAGCAGAUAGAAUGGCACCAAUGUCUAUCGUGCAGGCGGCCUCAACCUACUUCUUCGCAUUUUGA